CCCCUGUGAAAGGGUCGUUCGACCCCCAAGGGGGUCAAGACCCACAGGUUGAGAACCGCUGUCCUAGAGGGUCAAUUUUAUUUGAAGGUAUGGGGUAACUAAAAAUAUGUUAUUAUGGCGCAUAAUUCAUGUGAAUUUUUAACGAUAAAGCAAGAGACGGUAAGUGUUGCAGAUAACCACGCUAUGAACCCUGAUUCUUCUCGGUACUCACUUAUGAUGCUCUCUCUUGGGGUAUUGGGUUGACAUGGCUGGCUGUUGACAUUUAUAGUGAGGUGGGCAGUGUGGCUGGGACUGGGAAACAAAGACACCCGCCCUAUUAAAGCUGGGGGAGAUUGGACCUUGAUGAUGGGGAAACCUUUUCCCUCUUGCUGAUGUAGGGACAAGUCAAAGAAGAAGAAGAAAGUAAAGGCAAAGAUGGAAAAGAAGUCAACGCCCUCUAGGGGCUCGUCAUCCAAGUCGUCGUCAAGGCAGCUAAGUGAGAGCUUCAAGAGCAAAGAGUUUGUGUCCAGUGACGAGAGCUCUUCAGGAGAGAACAAGAGCAAAAAGAAGAGAAGGCAGAGUGAGGACUCUGAAGAAGAGGAACUAGCCAGUACUCCCCCCAGCUCAGAAGACUCAGCGUCAGGAUCUGAUUAGUAGAGAGGAGGAAAAUUCUCUCUCCUUGGGCUUGCCCUGUCACCCCGUCGCCCCACUCAUGUUUUGGUACCAGUUUCUCAUAUGCAAUGUAGUCUUCGGAUUCUGUGCCAUCUGAACAAGCUCUUCCGGCGGUGUGCGCUUGACCGGGACAGCAGGGGAGGCGUCUUCCGGGGCUGCUGCUUCACGACGAUGCCGCUUUAUAAUUUGGGGAGAGUGGGUGGGAGGCAGGGCAGUGCAGGAUCCACAUCCUCGCCCUUCUUUCCCGACCUUAGGGGUACAGCUGCUGCUUGUCCUGGUCAAGUUGCCACAGCUGGGAUCAUGUGAGGUCAGGCCUGUAGCUCCUAACGGGGGCCAAUUUCUACUUUAAUUUUGUAUUUCUGAUUCUGUGAAAAUCAUUUAAUAAAGGGAACUGACUUUGGAAA